CACUUUGUUUCCAGCUGUUGCUAACAGUGUGCUGAAAGUCUGUUAAUGGUACCGUUUUGUAACCAAUUUGCAUGAGAUACAAUUAAAAGGAAUUUUCUGUGAAAAUGCAAAGUCUCACACGCCUGCUUAGCAAAUGCACAUUAACACUGCAGCCGCAGCAGCGCGGUUCAUUAUCUGUGCUCCAACAGUUGCGUACCAAGACGAAGGUGGUCGAGAAACCCAAGCCAGGUGCCGGGCAGCAAUUCCGGCGUAUAGUUCAUUUUCCGGAUGAAUAUACGGUGGCACCUCUGAAGAUAACCCAUUUAGCUGGCCGUGAUCCCGUCAGCGGUCGCAUGGUCGCCAAGGGCAUUGGCGGCGGCAUCAAACAGCAAUAUCGUUGGAUCAAAUGGGUGCGCGAUGGCCCCAGCGAAGGAGCCCCGCAGGAGGAGAUCGUUGUGGAGCUGCUUCACGAUGGCUGCCGCACAGCAAAGGUGGCACUAGUUGCUGUCGGCGACGAGUUGAAGUAUAUAUUGGCCACAGAGAAUAUGCGAGUGGGCGAUAUACUGAGAACGUCGCGUGUGAUUCCACGUAUACCAGUUCGACCGAAUGACGGCGAUGCCUAUCCGUUGGGCGCCCUGCCCGUGGGCACACGCAUUCAUUGCCUGGAAAAGAAUCCCGGCCAACCCUGCCAUUUGAUCCAUGCCGCCGGCACUUUUGGCACCAUUCUGCGCAAGUUCGAUGACAAGGUGGUGGUGCAGUUGCCCUCCAAACGGGAGUUUGCCUUCGAUCGCACCUGCAUGGCCACGGUGGGACGCUUAUCGAAUGUGGAACACAACAAGGAGCAUGUGGGCAGCGCGCAACGCAUGCGAGAGUUGGGCAAUCGGCCCCGGUCUGGUCUGUGGAAGCGAAAGGAAGGCAAACAUGGUAGGAAGAUACGGCGACUGCCUCCCAUGACGACGGUAGCGCCGCCACCACUGCCAAAGGAGCCGGAGCUCAAGCUGACCCUCAAUUUGUAGAAUUAUUUGGAAACUUUGGACAUUUGUUUUUGCGGGAAUUUCAUUUCUUACUUUUGCUAUUUGCUGUUAUGUGAGCCAUGUGCAACAUACGAUUAAAGAAUUAUGUGAGAGGCGAUUACAUACUA